UAUUCAUGAAUUAUUAAUUGAUGGUUGAUGACAGUAAUCUGUCAAAUUCUAUAAAGGAACAGCAUGGAAACUGGCAUCCUGUACUGUUAAUGGGGUCAUGGGAUUCGCAUUGUCUUUGAUCACUUGUGUGGAUUUAACCAGUGAGGAGCAACAGAAACUGAGAGGAAAGUAUCAAGAGUUAUUACUGAAGGUCAUCAAAACUUUUUCUUUAAAUUUCUGAGAAUGUCUGAGCAAGAUAAACUAGAAGAAGCUGGAAAUGAGUUAGACUCGGCUCUCUCUCAGUCAGAGAAUUGUGUUCUUAAUAAAACAGAAAGCUCAGAAGCAGAUGAAAAAGAGGAAUAUGGCAAAUCAGACCAGUUACGAAGUGUUAACCAGAACCAGCAGAAAAAGAGACCCAAGUCAGGAGGAAAGGGGAAACUGGUACGAAGCCUUGCUGUUUGUGAAGAAUCGUCUCCUCGUUUUGAAUCAGACACUGACAAUCAGGAAUCAAUACAACUACAGCUUUCAAGUUUCCCCAGCCUACGAGAAGAGGAUAAAUCUAGUAAAGAUGACUCUGAGAAAGAAAAAGAGAAGGAUAAAAACAAAGAAAAAGAUAGAAACAGUGAAAAAACCAAGAUAAGAAUAUUAUCAAAAGACUGCAGCCAAGAAUAUACAGAUUCAACAGGCAUAGAUUUGCAUGAAUUUCUGGUUAACACAUUAAAGAAUAAUCCCCGGGAUAGAAUGAUAUUAUUAAAAAUGGAGCAGGAAAUCAUUGAUUUUAUUAGUGAUGAGAGUAAUCAUUAUAAAAAGUUCCCCCAGAUGUCAUCGUAUCAGCGAAUGCUGGUGCACAGAGUGGCGGCCUACUUUGGCAUGGAUCACAAUGUGGAUCAGACUGGGAAAUCUGUAAUUAUCAACAAGACCAGCAACAUGCGAAUACCAGAGCAAAGGUUUUCUGAACAUUUAAAAGAUGAAAAAGGUGAAGAAUCCCAGAAGCGAUUUAUCUUGAAGCGAGAUAAUUCUAGUAUUGAUAAAGAAGACAAUCAGUCAGUUUGCUCUCAAGAAAAUCUUUUUAUGGAUAACCGGAUCUUGGAUGAUAGGACGUGCAAUGAAACUAUCAAAAGAAGACAGCUCUUCCGGGGUAACAGAGAUAGUACAGGGAAGACAUCUGGCAGUCGGCAAAGUAGCACAGAUAAUGAAUUGAAAUGGACUGAUUACCAAAGGCCAUGGAGCAGUACAGACUCAGACAGUUCCAGUCGCAAUUUGAAGCCAGCUAUAACAAAGACAGCAAGUUUUGGCGGAAUAACUGUUCUGACAAGAGGAGAUAGCUCAUCAAGUAACAGGAGUACCGGCAAGCUGUCUAAAACAGGUAGUUCGGAAUCUUCCAGCAGUGCUGGGUCCUCAGGAUCUCUGUCCCGAACACAUCAGCCUGUCCCUGGAGUUACAGCUACAUCUUCAAACAGUAUAUCCUACACAGAGAAUGGAAUAGGUGGCCAGGGAUUACCAAGCAACACCAGCUAUAUCAUCCUUCCACUUGAAGCUGCAGGGAUUCCACCAGGAAGUAUUCUACUCAAUCCACAUACAGGUCAGCCAUUUGUAAAUCCUGAUGGGACACCUGCAAUAUAUCACCCUCCAACUGGUCAGCAGGGUGUUAGAAGCCAGAUAGUUGGGCAGUCUCAACAACCACCUUCAUCCCAACAACUUGCCCAGCAACCACAGCAACAAAUGACAAGUCUUAUCACACAACCUAUUUCAUCUCUCCAGACAUCUUCUCAAUCAGUACCGUAUCCAGCCAUUUCCUAUCCUCCACAACAUCUUCUAACACAGCAAUUUUCUAUGCGAGAUGAUAUCACAACACAGUUUAACCAGAUGAGUUUAAGUCGUCAGUCAUCAGGAGACAGCUCUGAUUCACCUUCUGGUCCUGUCUUUCCUUCACCUCUUAUACAACAGACUUCCCCACAGACGGGUUAUGUCAUUGCAGCCCCAAGCCAGCAACUUCCCGCUGGAGGUUUUACAGGUUCAGGUCCACCAGUAUCUCCUCAAGUACACCCAGCACCUCCACAGGGUUAUGUACAACCACCACCAUCUGCUCAGAUGCCUGUAUAUUAUUAUCCUUCUGGUCAAUACCCUACCUCAGCAACCCAGCAGUACCGACCUAUGGCCUCAAUUCAGUGUGGUGCACAACCAAGUCCCCAGACAUCACAGACUACACAGCAAGCAGGUUACCAAUCUGUCUUGACCAAUCAACAGCAAGGAUUCCAUGGACUCAUAGGAAUGCAACAGUCUCCCCCAAACCAAAAUCUAAUAAAUAAUCAACAGGGAAAUCAGGUGCAAGGCAUGAUGGUCCAGUACCCUGCCAUGUCAUCUUAUCAGGUGCCAAUGACGCAGGGGUCUCAAGGACUGCCACAACAGUCAUAUCAACAGCCAAUCGUGCUCCCUAAUCAAUCAGGUCAAGGAACACUUACAGCCACUGGAAUGCCCGUUUACUGUAACGUCAUACCUCCUUCCCCACAGAACAAUCUCCGGCUGAUUGCGCCACAUUGUCUCUCUAAUAAUGUUCCUGUUAUCUCUGCCAGCUGCAGGACAAACUGUGCAAAUAUGAAUCAGGCUGGAUGGCAGGUCAAGUAUUGAAACUGUGAAUCCUUAGUUUAAAUACAUAAGGGUAACUGUGCAUUUUUUUUCUUUAAAAAAGGGAACUAACUCAUGGCCUUCAAAUGAAAAGAGGAAUGCAACAAGAAUAAUCAGUUGAGUGGUAUAAAAGCUAUGCUGCUGCAAAUAUUUGUAAAACAAAACAAACAAAACAUCAGUUGUUUGCUCUUUAAUGGUGCAUAUCUUGGUCAUGUCUGCUAGAUUUGCUUUUACAGCUUAGCUAGUAACAUGAACUCAUUGGGGCAGGUUUUUUUCCUACCACUGAACACCACUGUGUAGAUUAUAAUAUCCCUAAUUCAGAUUAGUUUUGUAUUUUGUGUUGAGUUUGUGAAGCAAAAAGUAUUUAAAAGAAAUAUAAUAAAAUUAUGAUGUACCAAAGUUGUAAUGGACAUUUUUUAAAAAAACGCUGAAUAGAAGGAAUACUUUAUAUACACUAUAGAGGGGUUUUUUAAUGGAUAUCUACUGUAUUCUGGUGUUAUAUCACAAUAAAGCUAUUUGACCUCAUGAAAAAAGGU